UGUUUUGUCCAUUUCCGGAAAAUCAUUUUAGGCUUCCUACAAGAAAGAAAAUGGAAUCUGGUAAUCGCAGUUAGCUAAACAGCCUGUCGCUUCUCAGAGAAUAUUAAAAGGGCAGCUGGAUUGAACGACAACAUUGCUAUUCACAUCUUCGAAGAGCAACUGGAUCUUGCUGAAUAUUGGAUAAUCUCUAGACCAACCUCCCUUCUGUAUCAAUGGAGGGGUCUGACAGCGUGGAGCAGAGUGGCAGUGACCUGCCAGAGUCACAGCGCAGGAGGCAGCUGGACCGCCUAGACAGGGAGGAGGCCUUUUAUCAAUUUGUCAACAAUCUCAGUGAUGAGGACUACCGUCUCAUGAGAGACAACAAUCUUUUGGGCACUCCAGGAGAGGUAACACAGGAUGAGUUGUUGAGUAGACUUCAGCAAAUCAAAGAUGGUCCAGAGCAGCAGAACAACACAGCUGGUACUGAAGGUGUAGAAGACCCAGUUGAACCACCAGAAAGCUCCGAGGAUCCUGCCAGUGGAGAUAGUCUGCUCGACUGGCUGAACACUGUGAGGCGCACAGGCAACACAACUAGAACUGGUCAUCGUGGGAACCAGUCAUGGCGGGCUGUAAGCCAGACCAACCCAAACAGUGGCGAUUUCCGCUUCAGCCUAGAAAUCAGUGUGAACCGCAAUCUGGCUGAACAACAGGCAGCUGCUGAAGGAGAGCAGGAAGCUCCGGAGCAGUCUCCAGAAAACACUUCAGAGCAAGCUUCAGAGCAAGCUUCAGAGCAAGCUUCAGAGCGGUCUCCAGAGCGGUCUCCAGAGCGGUCUCCAGAGCGGUCUCCAGAGCGGUCUCCAGAGCAGUCUCCAGAGCAGUCUCCAGAGCAGUCUCCAGAGCAGUCUCCAGAGCAGUCUCCAGAAGGUCAAGAAGUAGUGGCAAGUGCUGAACCACAAGUUCCUAUGGAGACAGAAGUGGUAGAAGAACCAGUUGUAGAUGAGUUGGCCGUCAUAGUGGAACCAGAGCCUGAACUAGAAGAGGUUGUUUCACAAGAGCUUGUAGGUGAAUCUCCUGCCUCACCUUCUCCUCUUCCAGUACAACCCCCACUCUGCCCUUCUCCACGUAGAGGACAAAGGAGACCCCGCAGCCGUAGUCCAGAACCACGCAGGACUCGGGCCCGUAUAGCCAGGAGCCGCUCCCCUCUCAACUUGGAUCAGCUUGAUGGUCUCCCUAAUCAACGGCAUGCUUACAUCUCUCAAAGCGCCAGUUCUUCUAACAGUGCUCCCCCCAUGCCUCAAGUGGAGGGCAGUUCCCGGACUCGACAACAUGUUCUUUCCAGACCCAGCAACGCUGAUGGUGAUGUUCAGCAAUCUAGGGCUGCUGCAGAAUCCAUCCCAGAGGCCCACAAUGUUGGCUCUCAGGAAGGAGAAGCCUCUGGCGGGGAAGGGGGCGCAGCAGCGCGUCGCCCCCCUACCAUUAUGCUUGAUCUCCAGGUGCGCCGUGUGCGUCCAGGUGAAUAUCGGCAAAGAGACAGCAUCGCCAGUCGUACCCGCUCGCGCUCUCAGAACUCAAACAACACAUUUAUGUAUGAGAGUGAGCGUGGUGGAUUUCGUAGGACUUUCUCGCGCUCUGAGCGUGCUGGUGUUAGGACCUACGUCAGCACUAUUCGCAUCCCUAUCCGAAGAAUCUCUGACGCAGGUUUGGGAGAGGCAACGUCAAUGGCUCUCCAGUCUAUGAUACGGCAGAUCAUGACUGGGUUUGGUGAGCUCGGCUACCUCAUGGACUCGGACUCUGAUUCUUCAGAUUCAAACCGUGGAGCCAACGCUCCUGCAGACAUAGAAGCCCUCCACAAUCCAGAUGCUACUCCUGCUGAUGCUCCUGCUGCUGAUGUUGAGGAGCAACCAGUUGCUGCCGGAGGCAGGGGAAGGACAGUUGAGACUGAUGUGGAUGAAGGCCUUGCCACUGGUCCGCCUUCUUCUGGUGGCAGGGCUCGGCCAAGACCACCUAUCAGCCUGGAGGAGCCGAGCUCCUUGCCCUUCCUGCGACUUGCCCACUUUUUCCUCCUAAAUGAUGAUGACGAAGACCAGCCCCAGGGGCUGACCAAAGAACAGAUUGACAACCUCUCUAUGCGCAACUUUGGAGAGAGUGAUGCCUUGAAGACUUGCAGUGUGUGCAUAACAGAGUAUGCAGAGGGGAACAAGCUACGUAAGCUUCCCUGCUCUCAUGAGUACCAUGUGCACUGCAUAGACCGUUGGCUCUCCGAAAAUUCCACGUGCCCCAUUUGCCGUAGGGCUGUCCUGGUAUCAGCCAACAGAGAGAGUGUGGUGUAACUCUUUGACAGACUGAAGGCCUUUUGUCUCAGCCUAAGUAAUCCAAUAUCCCCAAAUCUGUAAGAGGCUGUGAGAAAAUGUGUUUCCGCUGUUGAAAUGUAUUUCCCUCAUACUAUUUGUAAGUUUGAUCGUAUUGCAGACAGGUUUUAUUUGGGUUGAUCCUUACAGUGACAUUGGAGAAUAUUUAGUUUUUAGUUAGACAUUUAUUAUUGCAGUCCAAAGUUGGGCACAAGCGAUGCAUGCUGUCGAUCAACCCGUAGUGGCUGUGCAGUUUUGCGUUGCAUCAAGCCAUGCACACGAGUAGACCUAUAUCUCAUUUUAAAAAAAUCCUGAUUAUAAAAGCUGCACACCUGCAGGUAGUUACAGUAAUUCAAAUCGGUUCUUUUCUAUCAAUUCCUGAAUGACCCCUUAUCUAACAUAAGCUGGGUGUAGGUGCAGUUGUUAGUUACACCAGUUCAAAGUAUUAGCUGUAAAUAAGCUUGUAAAAUAAUUUUGCAUCAUGCAUUGUCACUGAAUUGGUUUUGGAUUGUAAAUGAACUCAUUUGAAGAUCUGGGUCAUGAUGGCUGCAAUUACACUCUGAAUUUGAUUUUAAAUGUUUAGGUGCUAACAAUGUAUACAGCAGAAUUAUUUACAGAUUGUGAUGUCCAAAGGAUGGAGGAUAUAAAUUGUUUUGCAUUUUACAGUGUGACUUAUGCUCUCCAUUCUUGCUCACCCUAAAGAAACAAACUACUUUUUUUUUCUUUUGAUCUGCAUAUACCAUUAACUCUUGGAAAAAACAAUGCUGAACUGUCUAGGGUUUUUUUUUUUUUUCUUUUCAAUGUUUAAGUCUGUUUUGGAUUAAUAUUGUAUUGCUACUUUCUUGAUUAUUGUAAUGACAAAAGUAAUCAUAUGAGAAAACAAAAGGUAUGGGUAAUGUAUGCUUUGUCAGUAUCAAGUUGUGUAUUUUCUCCACCUCCAAAAAUAUUAGUAGGCAUGACACAUGCAAAAGGACAUUUACUUUUAAUAUUCAAUGAUUUCACGGUCAUCAUCCUUUUGUGUGUUACUGCUCUUCUAGAUUUUUUUUUUCUACUAACAAUGAUUCAUUUAAUGUGAAUUCAAUUGUGAGUGAAAUAAUCACAAUUUGAAUAAAAUGGAAAUGCAGACUUACCUCCUCAAUUUAAGCCACAGUAGAUCUGUUUACCUGUCAGUCCACCUCCAUGUAUAAGUUACAACUUAAGUUAUUAACCUGCAGAGUUGACGUAUAACCAAGUCUGGGGAAAUUAAAAAAAAAAAAAAAAAAAAAAAA